AUGCUGAUUGAAAUAAAAGUUGGAACGGACAAAUGGCAGGAUAGCGCACCAGCGGCAGAGGUGAGAGGAACGGCGCGGGCGCCGGCUGUGGAGUCCCAGUGGUCGGAGGAGACCUGGACCAGCACUGACUCUGACGGCACCUCGGCGGCGUGCUUCUGCAUGGCGGUCCGUUGCGGGUUCCUCAAACAGGUUCAGCAGAUGUUGGAGGAGCGUCCUGUACUGUUGGGAGCCAUCAACUCUGCCAAUGGGUUCACCCCACUCGCUUCAGCCGUACGUAAAGGUGACCUCAACACGGUACGGUUCCUGGUGUCCGCGGGAGCCGACCUGGAGCAGCCGUCCACCACUGGACAGCACCCCCUCCACCUGGCCGCGCUGGGGGGUCACUUGGAUAUCGUGGAGUUACUGCUUGACAAGGGAGCUGAUCUCACCGCUCGCGACAUCAACGGCCUCCGCGUCGAGCACUAUGCUGUAGACUCCGGCCGGGUGGCUGUACUGAGGAUGGUGCUCGACCGCGGGGGUGACGUCACCGCGCGAGACUCUAAUGGCUGGACGCCACUCUUCAGGGCCGUUACUCAAAAUGCAACAACAGGUGUUAUAGAAGAGUUGGUUAGCCGCGGAAGUGAAUUGACUGUGACUGACAACGCGGGUCUCUCUCUGCUCGCUGCGGCGAGAAUUCUUAAGAAUAUAUAUGGCGGCAGAAGAGAUUCAAUUUUACGCCUGGUCGAUAAUCAAUUCCAACAUGAAAAAGCGGUUGAGAAUUUUACACGACUUACGAAGAAGAUAUCAAGCAUGCAGACAUUAAUCACAAAAAAUACUUAACUUUUAUUUAAAAAUCAACA